CCUGCAACGCCUGGAAAAUAAUUAUCAAGACCGAGCGGUGCCGCGAAGUGGCAGAUGCAAAGUGAAUGACAAAGCUGGUGCGCACAUUAAGAAUUGGAAGCGGUCCUCGAGGAACUCUUCCCCGAGGCAGAAGAAAUGUAUUCGGCGGUGAAGCCCUUGUCAAAAUAUCUACAAUUCAAGUCGAUCCGCAUCUACGAUGCCGUCUUCACAAUCCACUCCAAGUGCACGGUUGUCAUCCUAAUAACCUGCUCCUUGCUGCUGUCCGCGCGUCAGUACUUCGGGGAUCCCAUUCAAUGCCUAAGCGAGGAGAGAAACAUUGAGUACGUGCAGUCCUACUGCUGGACCAUGGGCACCUACAUCCUCAAGCUGGACAAUGCAUCAAGCGGCACACAAGCACCCAAGCAAGCGCCGGCUCCCAGCAAUUCGUACGCCAAGUGGCGGGCCAAGCAUCCCAGAUCCCGCUCGGACCUGCGCCCCUUGGUGGACGACGACGAGGCCUAUGCCAGGGCCGCUUUCAUAGCCGAGGGUGUGGGUCCCGAGUGGAGUGGCGUGUCGGAGCGCGAGUACCUCCGCUACUACCAGUGGGUCAUCAUUCUGCUGCUCUUCCAGUCGCUCAUCUUCUACUUUCCCUCGUGCCUGUGGAAGGUGUGGGAGGGCCAGCGGCUGAAGCAGCUCUGCUCGCAGGUGGGCGGUGCCCUGCUCUCCGAUGAGACCUACAACACCAGGCGCCGGCUAUUGGUCAAGUACUUCACCACCGACCACGAGGAUCUGCACUUCUGCUACAUGGCCAAAUAUGUCUUCUGCGAGGUCCUCAACUGUCUGAUCAGUGUCGUGAACAUCAUUUUUCUGGAUGUUUUUCUCAAUGGCUUUUGGGCGAAAUAUCUGAAGGCCAUGGCCACCCUUCCCUUUUACGAUUGGGAUCACUGGAAUCGAGUGUCCUCGACAGUUUUCCCAAAAAUCUCCAAAUGCGAGGUGCUCAAGUAUGGGCCCAGUGGGACGGUCAAAGUUAUGGACAAUCUGUGCAUCCUGCCCCUCAACAUACUGAACGAGAAGAUCUUCGUAUUCCUCUGGUGCUGGUUCCUCCUGAUAGCCAUCAUAUCCGGCGUGAAUAUCCUCUUCCGGCUGGCCAUGCUGUCCAUCAAGAGUCUGCGCGAGAAGAUGAUCCGCAGCCAGCUGUCCUUCAUGACCAAACGACAUGUGCAGCGGGCCCUUCGCGACCUCACCAUCGGGGAUUGGUUUCUCCUGAUGAAGGUCAGUGUGAACGUGAAUCCAGUUCUCUUCGGGGAUCUCAUGCAGGAGCUGUGCGAGCUGCGCACCUCCUCCUCGCUCAGCAUCCUGCAGGAGGCAUAAUAUAAUGCCUUCUCUAGGCAG